AUGCGUUUCUCUAUCCUUCUGUCUCUCCUGCCUUUGGCCAUUUCCGUUGGAGCUAUCAAUGUCACCGAACCCGCCAAGGGUGACGAGAUUGAUGUCUCCAACACUUUCGCCGUGAAGUGGACUUCCGUCAACACUGACGCCUCCACCGUUGACAUCGUCCUUAUCAACAACAACGUUUACCCCAACAUUAAGGAGAAGAUCGCCUCCGGUGUCGACACCUCCGAGGGCUCCUACACCGUCAAGGGUCUGAAGGGUGUCACCGAUGGCUCCGGUUUCCAGAUCAACUUGCUCUCUACCGAGGAGCAGAACACUGGCAUCCUCGCCCAGUCCCAGAAGUUCGAUGUGACCAAGCCUGAGGACGAUGCCUCCACUACCACUACCGGUACAUCUUCCACUAUUUCUUCUUCUUCUGCCUCUACCUCUGCUUCUACCUCUACUGGUUCCAGCACCACUGAGACCGAUGCUUCCACUACUGGUACUUGCACCCCGGGCGUUUCUACUAUCAAACCCUCUACCGGAAACUUUACCUCUGGACCCUUUACUACUACCACCGGAACUACCUCUACCGGAACUACUACUGGCACCAACACCAAGACUGGUCUGACCACCUCCGCCACUGGUACUUCUACCGGCACAGCUACCGGCUCUGCCUCUGCCUCCCCUACCGUCUCCGAGGGUGCUGCUAUGGCUCUUGUUGCCCCCGGUGCCGCUGCUGGCCUUUUGGCCGGUGUCCUCGCUUUCCUGUAA